GAAGACCUCGAAGAGUUUGGUGUUUUCAGCGGCGACGACACAACGACAAAGACACACUCCCUGGCGGACUACGCCAUCACGCUCUCAGUCGCUUUGGUGGUGGCCGUGAUCUCGCAGAUCAUCUGCCCUGAAGGUUAUGCAUGCAUCCUUUCCAGCGCUGUCGCCGUGGCGCUGGCAGCCAUUCCAGGGACUCAGGAGCGGUUUGCUUCUGGCGAAGCCCUGGGAUGGCCCCUGCUGUACAUCUACUUCGCUUCCGCCGGCUUUACAGUGGGAGCGGUGGAAUUCCUGACGCUAAUCAAGUUCAGUCCUCUAAUUGAUUUCGGUAUCGCCCUCUACGGGUUGCACCUUUGUGUGCUCCUGGCAGCGGGGCGCUUCAUGGGCCUCUCCCGACCGGAGCUGCUAGUGGCAAGCAGUGCCAACAUCGGCGGCCCUGCAACGGCCAGCUCUCUGGCAUCCGCCAAGGGCUGGGAUCAGCUCAAGCGCCCAGCUCU